AUGCUGUUGGACGUAAAUACAAAUCGUACACUAAUGCAUGACGCCCAUGUGCACGAACAUCGGCUCAUCAAAAGCAUGCGUAACGAAGGAGCAUUGCACUCAUGGAGUGACUCGUCGAAAGUAUUUUACCCCAAGUCAUUUUACGCUACUGCUACCAAUAAGAAGAAUAACAAGUCUGCCAGUGCCAGCAUGAACAAGACGUUUACAAGUACUAGAGCGGUGAGUGAUCAGAGUUAUUUCCGGUCUUCGAAGCCAUCUCUGGUUGGUGUAGUGGAUGCUGAACGUAUUAGAACACCCAUGAAGAAGAAUAGUUUUAAGCGAACUAGAAUACUGAAGACUCGAGACGAUUCCGAGCUGCUGAGUGAAAAUCGCUCAUCUUUGAUGACCCCGUCCUUAAGUUCGGUCAUGUUGCAGGUCAAGAAAUCAAAUUCCGCUAAAACGGUAUCGGGCGAAUGCCCUAUCCAGGAGGCCCACUUGAUACAAAGCAUAAAGAGAAAGUUUUCAGAGGAGACUCAAAGCGACUGUUCUUCUUUGGAGUCGUCCAAACUUCAUCCUUUGACUGAUGAUAUCUUUGACGGAACUGAUUUGCAGGCCCGCACCAUCAGUGAUGAAGUGCAGGCCGAGCCAGAGGUGCCCAAGAUGAAAAUAAUAAAUAUAAAUGAUCUUGAUUUGUUCGACGACUGGGAGGUCAAAGACUUAGUUGAUCUGGUUCCUCCCUUAUACGAAAGACACCCGCAAUCACCUUCUGAUGUCUCGUCGACUCCUGUGUCUCCAGAUGCAAAGCCUCGCCCAACUUCUGUAGACUUCCAAAUCGUCGACAAAAAGGACAGCACUUCAAGGAGGAAGAGCAAAAGCAAAUCUACUACGGAGAACAUGAUUUACGAAAACGACUUGGUAGAAUUGGAGCAAUGGCCAUCCGCUUCGUCAUCGCCCGAGAACAAUCGUUCAACUGCAUCUAGCGACUUACUCUUACCGAACAAAAGAAUAAGACAAAAAAGUUUAAAUACCAAUUUCUUGAAGCUAUACUCCAUCGAAACAUCAUGUAAAAGGAAAAACAUUUUACCGGAAGUUGAAGUGGACGACCAUUUGUUGAAACAACUGUCAUAUUCUGAAAUUUGGGCUCUAGAAAUCAAAAAGGAACCCAACGUCUCUACUAGGGAUAUUAAGCUUGCCCUCAUCACCAGAAAAAAGUUAUGGUCUGACAUGGUCCAUGAAACGAGAAAUGAUCUUUUUGGCGAUUCGACCCCAUGGAACUUACAUUUUGUCGCCACCACAAGCAAGGUGCAACCUUUACAGGGCGGUGAAUCCGCCAAGGAACAUGCAACAGCAGAUUCAAAGAGUUCUUUGGUCCGUGUGCAUUCAGAGGUCAAGCCAUGGUUCAACAAUGGAGGCACAAUGCUCAAACCAUGUGGAAAACUAAAUUUGGGCAAAGCCACGAAUAAGAAUACCACGCCUACAAGGGAGAUUCAAUAUGUCGUAAAGGGUUGGUGUGACAGUAGAUUUUUCUGA